CGGAAUUGAACUUUACAAUGUCGUUCUUGGUGAGAGGGAACUCUAGUUUUUAACGAUCCUGACGUCUUCCUUAGAAAGACCGCGGGUACUCUUUCCUUUUCUCCGUCACCUCUGCUAGAAAGUUUUCUAAUUUUCUCGAGAAAAUUUCAGAUGCAGAUGGGUAGGACGGGAUUUAUUGAUCUCGAAAAGCAUUUUGCGUUCUAUGGGGCGUAUCACAGCAACCCAGUUAAUAUUUUGAUACACACCUUGUUUGUGUGGCCAAUUUUUUUCACUUCUCUUAUUCUCUUCUACUUUACCCCUUCUAUAUACGACCUCCCUCCAAUUGGGUUUAUUCCAUCGGCCUUAAAUCAUGCCUUGGUUUUGAAUUUUGGGUUUGUUUUUGCUUUGAUGUAUGCUUUGUUCUAUGUUUUGUUGGACAAGAAAGCUGGGUCGUUGGCCGCUUUGAUUUGCAUGGUUUGCUGGGUUGGAGCAAGUUAUAUUGCUGUUCGGCUUGGCUAUUCUCUGGCUUGGAAGGUUGUGCUAGCGGCCCAAUUGAUCUGCUGGACAGGACAGUUUCUUGGCCAUGGGGUAUUUGAGAAAAGAGCACCGGCUCUUUUGGACAAUCUUGCUCAAGCUUUCCUAAUGGCUCCUUUCUUUGUGUUGCUGGAGGUGCUUCAAACUGUGUUUGGAUACGAGCCAUAUCCAGGGUUUCUUGCAACUGUGAGAGCGAAGAUAGAUACUGAAAUCAAGGACUGGCAAGAAAGGAAAAUGAAGAAAAUAUCUUAGACAAAUUGAAUCUCUGUAGUCUUGCUGAAGAGAAGGGUUUUAUUCCCCUUCUCUUGUGAAAUUAAUGUAUACACUUAAGUAUUUAGGGGCAAUUCAUUCAAUCGGCCUUUUUAAGCUUGUAGUAUUUGAGAUUUAUAAGUUGAUGAAUCAUGGGCUGUUUGGUUUUACCUUUUUUUAUUUUUUAUUUUUUAACAAGAAAAAGUAGUCAAAUUUUACAUGAUCGUAGAGGGAAA